GCCGCUCGGCGCUCAGUUCGAGUCGGACCUCCGUUGUAGUCGGAUCGUGUCGUUCUGCCGCGCUGUCUCUUUCUCUUUCUCUCUUUCUCCUUCUCUCUUUCUCUCAUUCCCUCCCGUGGGCACGCGCGCGCGGGCGCCAGUGUGGUGUUGUUAUAUGUGUGUGUCUCCCCCGUUCUCCCUCUGUGUGUCGUUCCCCCCUUCACCCGCAACGACAACGAGUUCCGCCCAAGUGAAAAAGAGUCGAGCUUUCCUGCAAACAAGACGCGUCCUCGACGGCAGUUGUUUGUUUUCUGGUUUCGCGGUGUCGCGGCUGACACAAACAGCGAAGUCAAAAGCGAGAAGGGAAUCGUGCGCGCGCGCGUGUAGAGAGGAGAAGACAAACGCGAGCGAGCGAGGCCCGCGUGUGUCUCGUCAUCGUCGUCGGUCGUCGGUGCGAAGAGUUUCAGUCAACGGAAGGAGAAGUAGGUUAGCACACGGUGGCUUUCGCGUACCGCGGUAAAAUAUAACACGGCUCUCUCGACGACAACUACUUCGCCGUGCACCUUUUAGCCGGAGUCCGCGAGUGUGUACCAUCAUCCUGAUGUGGUGACGGUGACGUUCAACCGACGCGCACUUCUUUUACGUAACAAAAGCGCGCGCGUGCGCUCUCCUACGUAAUCCGUCUUGAUUUCUGUCCUUCUUGUUUGUCGGUUACAAGUGGAGAGAAUCUUCGAUCAUCGAUGGUAUACGCGGCUACUCGUUCUCGUGCGUGUUCGUGUCCCGUUGGAUCGGUCGUUCGGUCAUUUUCGUUUCGUUUCGUUUAAAACCAGUGCCUCUGUGGAUUUCGCGUCGUAUUCGUUCGCCGUACUUCGUGCGCGAUACGCGUCGAUCUCUCGGAGUGUGCUUCGAUUUUUCGCGCUUUCGUCAAUGUUCGUGUCGAUACCGAAACGAUCCGAUUCGUCGCGAGAUUUCGUCCAAGUUCACCGAACGAAGCGCGCGUCUGUCCCGCGAUCGUCACGGUUCGCGUUCAAAUGUGAGCCGAAAAGUAAACCGUUCGUGAUUUUCAGUAAGGAGAUUCCGUCGCCCGGAUACAUAACCGUGGGCUACGAACGUCGGAAAUCGUCGACCAGUGCAUCGUGUACUCUUCGUUGAUGCAACUUCCUAUUUGUGGUGUUUCUUUUCUCUUCGAGAUAAGUGUUGAUCGUUCAAACCUCCGAGUGGUGCAACUGUUUCAAGUGCAAUAUUUGAUCAGUGAUUUAAAAGAAAAGCCGAUGAUUAUUCGGCUAAUGAAAAAGUGAGAGUUUUAUCAGUGCAGUACUACGCUAUUCUCUUGUGGAUUAUUGGAUAUAUUAUACCCGCUGCGAUCUGCCGUCGGAGCGCAACGUCGCCGCUCACCAUUUAUUGCCUCAACGAAGUUAUGUCCUGUUUCAUCUGGGACUCUUGAGGACGCUUCACUUGUUGAUCAAUAUGUGGUAAGUAACAUCGAUUGCGUCGAUUCGUGGCCGAUUGCGUUCGAGAGGGAGCAUCGUGACGGUCGUGGGAAGUUCGAUUUCAAAAUCCAACCGGUUGAUCUGUCAAGGAUGCAGAGACAAAGCCGGAGUAGCUCGGAGGUGGAGGUUGCGCUUAUGCGCCCCGUAAGCACGGCUGGCUAAUAGCACCACGGCCCAUCCCUGACACCCUGCAGCCACACCAGACCAGCAGUCGGCGUGACAUGGAUGUGAGCUUCACGAACGUAUUAGAGGGGGCUCGCCAGUACUUCCAGGGACUGCCCGUACCGAGUACAGGUGGUGCGGCCGCGUCAGCGGAACACAACCUCGCAACAUCAACGAGUUCCUCCUCGUCCACGUCGACGUCCCACGAACAUGGCACGGCUUCAUCCGUGGCUCCUCCGUCACCGGCACCACCCGCACCGCAAGCACCACCGCCAUUAUCGCUACCGUCGCAAUCGAAUCCGGCUAGCAGCAGCAACAACAGCAACAGUACCAGCAGCAGCGGUAAUAGCAACAGCAUCGAUCAAGAAACGAGUCGAUAUCUCAGCGACGUCAGACCGUCGUCGGUGGACAAUGCCGCUAGCAGUUCCAACAGUUUCUGGAGUCCGUCGGUCGAACCUUAUCCUCCUCAACCGACCAGAGUCGAAGUCCCGGAUACGAGGCCAGGCGACGAAAGCCCCUCCAUGGAGGCGAGCUCCUCAUCCAAUAUCAUCACCUUAACGGAGAUGCAACCGUCGAGUAGUAGAUCCUCGUCCAGUUUCGUACAGAAACAGUCCUCGUCGUCGAGCUCGUCGUCUAACGAUCUUCAUCAUCGUUCGCAGCCGACGACGACGGCCACCGCGCCGAGUUCGCCGCGUUUGCAUCAAAUGCAACCACCUCAACAACCUCAUUCACCGGCCCCGGUAUACCAGCAGCUGAACCCUGUCAGUAGAACAUCGUUCUCCACCGCGGAAAUACUCGCCUCGACGCAUCAGUCGACCUAUCAGACUGCCAGUGAUCGACAGCCGCAAUCGAGCGCGCCGGUCGUCGCACAGAGAACCCAAUACUAUCCCCGUUAUCAUCAUCCGGACAUCACGAAGAGCGCCCCGGUUCCGUUCAGCCAGAACUCGAUCUAUCAGUCGUCGAACGUGGCGGCGUCGUCGGCGGGUGGCAUGCAACCGACAACGAGGACAACGCCGGUGGAACAGAGCAACGUUGGCUCCGUUUCCGGUCAAGGACGAACUCCGGAGCAAAGAGUGGCCAGUUCGUACGGCAAUAUCCCGGCGUCGAGCGCGGCCACGAAUUACGGGCCGUCACAGAAUUACCGUGUGUCGCAGCAUCAGCAGCAACAGAGUCGAUCAGGCUCGUCGAGUAACUCGCAUUUGGACAGAUCGCACCCUACGCGCGUCUCUUCGUCUCCGUCCUGUUCCUCGGCGAACCCGUGCAGCCCCCGUCAUGCCGGCAACGCGAGUCACAUUCCUUCGUCGUCUUCGUCGUCCUUUCAGAACCUUCCGGCGCACAUUCCUACGUCGCACCUGCCACCUGCCGGAACCGUGCAUCCUCAGCAUCAUCCUCAGCAGCAGCAGCAACAGUCGUCCCAGAUGCAGCAUCAACUUUCUAGUCGAAUAAACGCGUCCCCGCAUUCGAUCGGGAACCAGUCGUACGGCGGUCGAAUGAUGGUUCACGGGGUCUCGGCGGCGUCCUCCUCCUCCUCGUCCUCCUCUUCCAGCGCAGCCUCCUCCUCGUCGAAUCAGAUGCCGCCGCCACCACCGGCGCUAAGCGGUUAUCAUCCCGUCGCUUCUCCUCACGACGUUCCUCAUCACGCCACUCCAUCGCCGCACAGACAAUCUCCUCACGUGUCCACCCUGCACAAUCCUCACGCCUCGCCUCAUCACGCUCCCUCCCCUCACAGUAGCUUCCAGCCUCACUCGCCGACUUAUCCGCCGCCACCCGCGGCUACCUCUACCCCUCACUCGUACAGCCUUCCGAUCACGACGCAGCAUUACCAGCCGAGCACCGGCUACGCCGCUAACCCGUACGGGAUGCCGCCUCAGUCUUCGUAUCAUUCCUUCCAAAAGAAUUCUCAGGCGGUGCACACUCAAGCAGCCGGUUACUAUCCUCAGUCCGGUCGAUCUCAAAGCCAGACGUAUGUCCAGCAGAUGCCGAUGCCCGGCCUGCCGCAAUCGAUCUGCUCCGGAAGCGGAAACAGCAACGGUACCGGUUAUCAGCAGAGCAAACCGGUUACGUACAAUGGCGUUGACUCGAAGAGAAGUUCAAUGGAGGUUCCGUACGGGUCCUAUCGAUCCCCGCAGACGUCCGUUCAGAGAGGCGGCAACACGCACAACCUUCCACCCAUCGCCGCGCUGUCCUCCUAUCAUUCCAACAGGAGAGAAACCGCGGGCAAAGCGCAAUCGAUGCAACGGCAACGUGCCUACGCGGCGAGCACAACGAACAAAGUUUCGGUCGUAACGCCGCCCAUUUCCUCCUCGAUGGCCGCGCCUCAAAGGGUCCCCGAGUAUCCCGUGACUUUGGCCGGCAUGAAUCACGCGAUGCCGGUGAACGGAAGGACGACAACGGUGACGAAUUCCUCUUACAGCCGAUACGCCAGUCAACACGGUUACCCUACCUACGCCACCACCAUGGCCCCCAGUCACCACGCCAAUAAUUCCUCCAGCAACACCACCGUCACCUCCAUCGGCGUCAACGUCGUGAGAUCUUCCGCUCCGACUACCUCGAUGCACGCCUAUCACGCGACCACGGACGCGACUCGCACCUCGUCCUCCUACCAUCCGCAGCCCAUAAGAACCAACGAGGAUUACGGCUACAAAGAGUAUACGUACCAGAAUUCCUCCGCGUCCACUGUCCAGUCGACGCUCACCUCCUCCAUCGUGACUCCUCCGUCGCAGACGAACGGAGUUCGAAAACGCGAAUCCCCGUUAGAUUUAUCCGUGAAGACGGUGAAGACGUCGGCGGACUCGACCGCGCAAGAUGACAUAGAGACGAUCGCGGCAGACAAACACGUCAGCAGUUCCACCGUCAUUUCCUCCAGAAGCAACAACGCCAGGACGAUGCUGCCACCCCCCGCGCAACCUCUUCCGCACACAGCCACGUAUCCCGUGUACGAUAAUCGAUCGUCGAACAACAACGGAAGAAGCAUGUCGGCGACCGGCAACGUCAGAACCUCGACGCCUCAAACGGUUUGCGCGCCCAAGGUCGACUUCCUGCCGAAUUUCAAUUCCGCGCCGCUGCGUCACCACCACGGCCAACCGCACGAGAAUACUCUUCAACGGAGAAGCUCGGCGCAACAGCUGUACGCUCCGCCUCCGCAGUCGCACUCCUCUCAUCAUCCUAAUAAUACCGCUCCACUGCCCCACAUGUCCACGUUUAAAAAGACUUCACUGCCCACGACGCAGGUGUACGACGCGGUGACCGCGCCAGCGCCGCCUCCGCCGGCACCGUCAUCCUCUUACUUGUCGGCCAACGACUCCGUUACCAGAUCCUCCAGGUAUCCGCCGUCUAUGCUGGAUCCCGCCAGGAUAGGUCCGGCUGCGUUGCCCCUUCAGGACUAUCCGCCGUCCGAUCCGUCGAAAUAUUAUCUGGACAGUAGAAACAAAUUCGGCCAACCUCCGCCACCUCAAAGGGAUCGGACUUCCUCGAAGAGACCCGGGGAGACGAUUUACGGGGCCGGAGGGCCGAACAAGCAACCCAGGCUGGACAUGUGGAUUCAGCAGAAACUGUCGACGGCCAAGGCGCUGUACGAGCAGCAGAAACGGCAGGAAAUGAAUCUGCCCGUCCCUCUGCCAAACGGCACUCUGGUCGCGCCCAACACCUACGAACAGAGAUCGGACAGCGGUUACUCGUCGUCCGAGUCGUCGAGGUAUCAGCAAGCGUACUGUGAUAAGAGGAGCUACGCGGAUUCCAAGGUUACUCAUAGUUCACCACCGUACAAUCAUCCCGUUAUCACGAAGCCCGCGAACGUGCAUUCUCUGCCGCAAUCGCCGAGCACCGGUCAUUCCGCUUAUCCGAAUUAUCGACCAAGUCAGAAAGCAGCCGUCGCGCCGCCUCUCCUCGGCGCCGCUUCCGGCGGGCAGCCAGCGGAACCGCCGAGCAACACCGGUGCCGAUAAACGAGUACUAAGUUUGCUGAGGAACAGUUUAGAAAAUAAGCAACAGAGAGAGGAACAGCUGAACAGCCAGCAACCUAUCCUGGCUAAUCAUGGUCAACAGAGUUUCCAGAAUAAGGUUGUUGCACCGGUCGAGCCCAAAACGAACAUCGGAAGACACAACCUGUCACCGUUCACGGCGGCAAGCUUGCUGGAACGAAACAGCAACACGCCGCCCCAUUACAAGUUCCAUGUGCCGAGAGCCGUAGACUCGAUCACUCAGGAGGCCCCCCGUAGCUUGUACGGCUCGAGAGUAAAUUCAUCCGCCACGCUACCUGGCAAGGAAGCACUCCUGGGACCCCGAGGAGCCGAGAAUCAGAUUCACCGUGACAAAGACGACGGCCUCGCCGCCAUAUUAGCCGCCAAGAUCAGAACUAAGGCGGAACUUAAACAGGUGGGAACUGGCCAUUUUACGACCAAGCCAACUACCGUACUCUCUUUGGACUCCUCGUCAACGCCGAAAGAACCAGACGGUGCUGCCUCAACAUCGACACCACAGUCUGGCUCAUCGACAGGUAGUCCUCCAAAGUUGACCCGCGAGAAAGUGGCCUCUCUACCACCCAGAAGAAGACUGUUCUCCAGAACGGAAGAAGAAAACAUGCCAGUGGCCGCGACGGUUCCUGUGCCAGUUCCUGCGCCCGCGAUCGCAUCCAGCGUGCCGGCGAGGGCCAGCGGUUUUAGGAGCUCCUCCGAGACGUCGGUGUUCGACUUUAGGGAGAGCGACUCCGAGGGUGAGAUGCCGGUUUUAGAAAGACAAACGCUCGAGGAAAUGAGGAGAGACAGGAAACAGCUGACGAAAGUGCAACCACCCGUUCCUCUCAACGAUGCUAUGUGCAUGGGUAUGACCUCGUCGUCGGAUCUCGUGAAAAUAGAGCUGAAGGAGAACGACAAGAUCACCGAAGUAGACACGUUCUGGGCCAGCACCUGCGACAAGUUCAUGGAACAGCUGCGUACAGGAGACGCGAUGAAGAAGAGGAGUCGCAAGAAGAAGGUGAGCUGUACGAUCACAUCGAAGCUUGAAGACCCUGGCAACGACAGUAGCAAGGAAUCCGAUGCCAACACCUCCCAGAUCAAACCGGAGGACAUCAAGAAAGAGAUAGAGGACAUCGACUCGCCUAUAGACGUGAAAGAGGAGUCUCCGGAAACGCUGAUGAAGGACGACGAGGCCUCGAUGCUGAAGGAGGUGAAACUGGAAGUGAAAGACGAACCGGAGGUCGGCAAGGAAGAAACGAAGAACUCGAGCGAGGAAGAAACGCCCGUUAUUCGACGGGGCAAGAGAAAAGGGAAGAAGGACGACAGCGAUUGCGAGGAGGAAAUAAUAUCUAGGAAAAGGAGAGUCCGUCGAGGGAGCAGGAUCAAGUUGCAGUCGUCCAGUGGUAGCGAAUCCUCCAGCGAGGAGAGCGAUGGUAGCACGGAAUUUGGUCACGGCUCGACGGUGGCCGACAGGUUGAGAGCCAGAAAACGCACCACGCCGAACACCGUGGAGUCCGAAGGGAUGAAGCUAAGAUCGAGGGACGCGACUCCGCAGAAGGUCAAAGGGGAGAAGGAAUCGAAGUGCUCCACCUCGAAGAUCCCCACGACCCAGAAGCUCAAACCGAAGCCCCUGUUCGGGGACGGCAGCGACUUCAGGCCAGGCUGGGAAGAGGAGGUGUACGUGUACAAGAAAUCGCUAAGGAUGCCACCCAGGUUGAUCACCGUGUCGAAACCGUCGAGGUUCCACAGGUUAUCCACCUCGUUACCGGAUCUGGACCCAGGUUCUCCGGCUCUGUCCGUGUCGAUGGACAGCUCCGACGUGUGUCUGGGAAGGAAGAAGGUGGUGGAUAGCGACGCGGAAUCCAACUACAGCUUCAGCACCGCAACCUAUGGGCUAGGUAGCAAGAUCGACGACGAAGAAGCCACCUCCUCCACCACGAUCUCCUGUCCCCCGAAGACUACCAAGUACUCGAAGAUGGAGGGUGGGUCUAUCGUCGACGUGCUGGCUCAGAAGGUGGGGACCAGCAAGAAGGAAAUGAAGAGGAAGCAGAAGGAGAAGUUGGAUAAAAGUGGAGGCAAGAUGCUCCUGAAAGGCAGCAACGAACCGGAAUUGCUUGCGACUCCCAGUUUAUCGCCGUUGCUCGAAAUACCGAAAGGUAAGUCACCGAUGAAGGACAGCAAGUUGCUGAAACCCAUCAAGGUGACCGACUCGUUCCUGCUCGGCUACUUCCGCAAGGAAACGGUCAACAACUUCAGGGACACGUUCAAGAACAAUCAUGUUCUACCGAACGAGUUCUCCACGCUGGUGCUGAAGAGCAGAACGAGGACCGAGACGAGGGUGCUGAAGAAACAGGCGACCAUCAGGGAAGUCUUCGGGGAAGAUAGGCCAGCCUCGGCGCCUCCGAUGCAGAAUCAUGACGACACUUCUCAGGACGACGAUUCGCAGAACGAGACGCCGGAGAACACGUUGGGUAAAGUGAAGACGUUGAAGCAGAAGGUUGUUUCGCGUCUGAAGAACGCCGGUAUCUUGAGGAGUCACAAGGCGAUCAUGAACUCGAAAAGGCAUCUGCUGAUCGCGAAGAGGAGAAAGGAUCUGUUGAAGUCGUUGGCCGAGAAGAAGCUGCAGAGCCUGAAGACGGAAGCGGACGAGGAAGCAACGCACGAGGAAACGAACGAGACGCAGGAAGCGGAAAACAACGAGCUCGACGAUGAGACCAACGAGACGGAAGUUCCUAACAAGAAGAAGCUCAAACUGCGCACCACUCGGCGAAAGUUCCGCUCCGGAUUCGACUACAUUCGCAAGAAGAAGAAACCUUUGAAGAAGGACGAUACGAUACCUAAGGAGAGAAAGAGGCAAGUACUGACGAGGCCGAGUCCAGAAUCCGUCGCGGACAUCCAGACGGAAAUUAGGACCUGGGUGAUCAAGAAGGGGGUCGGUGAGACGAUGCUGCAUCGAGCUGCGAGGCUCGGAUAUACGGAUGUGACGGCGUACUGCUUGGAGAAGCUUAAUAACGCACCGAGUCCCAAGGAUAACGCAGGUUACACCCCUCUUCAUGAAGCAUGUUCGCGAGGUCAUCUUGAAAUCGCGAAGCUGUUGCUCGCAUACGGAGCGAAUGCCAGUGAAAGUGCUAAUGGAGGAAUCAGGCCACUUCACGAAGCGGCAGAAAAUGGUGCUACCGAGCUUGUACGCCUGCUGCUUUCAUAUGGAGCUGAUCCUCUGCUGGCUACUUACUCUGGGCAAACUCCACUGAUGCUAGCUGCAGACACUGAUGCGUACUCGAUUCUGGAACAACAUUUGGAUGACAUUCAAGGACGUGCGAGCACACCGUGGUCGUUUGGUGGGCCGUCUUCAAUUUUUGAUCCAGAAGACACCGGCUACAACCCCGUGGACGAUCCGCCGAUGGAGAAUCCAGAACCAGAAUUAGACGAGAUCGAAAUGGAAGUGAGCGACGUGAACCUGCCAGUGUUGUUCUCCCUCACGAACGAUUCGGACAAAUGGGUGCUGCUGCAGGACCUGAUGGCGGCUCUGAGGAUAAAGAGUCGGGACGCGUUGCUGCGUCAGGUGAAUCCUAAAGCGCCGACGGGUCCUCCGGCCGUGGCUCAUCGCGAGGUAAUGAAGGAGCUAAAGCUCCAGGACUUCCUGGAGCAGUCUCGUUGCUGUCACCUGCUCAGCGGCGGCGAGAGGAUCAACGUGCGCGGCUCGAAGGUGACUCUGAUCAAGUACAACGACAAAGUGAGGUCCCUGUUGAACGUGGAGAAGGUGGUGAUCAGCCUCAGGUGACAGGAGGCGUCUCUGGGGCCGUGUUCACCCCAGGCUAAACCGUCGACUUCCGCUACGAAGGAGGCCACCAAGAAGAGCUCGAGCGUUUCGCCUAAACGCGAGAGGCAGGCCAGAACGCGACAGGGUAACAAGACAGCUAUCGCCGAUUGAAAACGCGGCUGGAACUGUCCAGGUUUAAGCACCUGUUAACACAUUCGGCUUUCCUUUUGGUCCGCGAACCGUCGUGAAAUGGCGGGCAAGGUGCAUGCGAUGUGCGGUGCAAAAUCGAUUUAGGUAAAGUUUAGAGAGAUGAACCGUCGAAAGUGUCGGCGUACCGUAACACGGCGUUUAAUUAUUUAGCAGUAUUUAUUGGCAAAUGUUCUACGCUACUAUUUGCGGAUUACAGUGAUAUUUUAUUGACAUACUCCGUGAUUUGAGCCCUGGCGAUCAUUCGGGUAUUCAAACGCAACGCUUCUCUACGAAGAUUGUCGUCGUUCCUGUCCGAGCAUACUUGUACCGUAUUUCGAUAACUACUUAAUUCAACGUUCGAUUCGAUGCAAAUUCGAGAGCUGUAGAGAAAAACCUCGCGAGUACUCGGGACGAUAGCGUACGAGAUUCUUCAGAAAUAUUUUUUAUCGUCACGUUGAAACCUUUGGUAGGUUAAUGCGGUAGUGGAUAGAGGUGCCUAGGUAUAACAUGAAACCACUGGUUGGUUACUCAUAUUGUGAAAAUUUGGAAACCUGGGAUUUGGGGACUACGAACUUUUGAAGUUCAGAUAAAUUUGGAGAUUUGAGGAAUUUGAGAAUGUAGAAAUUUGUACAUUUAGGGGUUUGAGAAGUUGAGAAUUUAGAAAUGUGGGGAUUUAGAGAUUUACG